AUGCAGUUCAAUUUCAGUGGCCUUCGCGCCUUGGUGACAGGUGCAGGGAAAGGGAUAGGGCGGGACACGGUGAAGGCCCUGCACGCAUCUGGAGCCCGCGUCGUGGCUGUGAGCCGCACCCAUGCCGACCUGGUCAGCCUCUCGGGAGAGUGUCCUGGGGUGGAGCCGGUAUGCGUGGACCUGGGAGACUGGGAGGCCACCGGCCAGGCGCUGGGCAGCGUGGGCCCUGUGGACCUGCUGGUGAACAAUGCGGCCGUGGCCCUGAGGCAGCCCUUCCUGGAGGUCACCAAGGACUUCUUCGACAGGUCCAUCAAUGUGAACUUGCGCUCUGUGAUGCAGGUGUCCCAGAUCGUAGCGCGGGGCAUGAUUGACCGCGGAGUGCCAGGCUCCAUCGUGAACAUUUCCAGCAUGUUGGCCUUAAUCCCCUUCCCCAACCUGACCAGUUACU